UUGUUGACCGCGUUGCGAGGAAAGUGCAGCCGGUUUUUGUUGUCCGCAGAUUCAGUAUGACAAAUUAAAACCCGGGUUUACAUAAAAUUGCUGUAAGAUGUGGUGCUUCCGGAUAUUCAGGAAUACCUCCGCUGGAAGUCUCAAACGAAUGGCAUCUAGCGAUGCGGCAUCACAGAACGUUUGCCUCAACCUUGUUAGGAAACAUGAUAAGGAAAACUUUCUCUGUACACUGCUUCUCAAGAAUCCACAGCGUCGCGGUGCGUUUGCUGUCCGGGCAUUCAACGUGGAGGUAGCGAAGGUUAGCGAGAAGGUAUCGGCCGGCAAUGUCGGUGUGAUGCCGCUCAAGUUUUGGGAAAACACAAUCACCAGCUUAUACCGGAGCGAUGGGACAUCCGUACCGGACCAUCCUGUCAUACACGAACUCCAGCGGGCAGUACGCGAGCACAAGCUUUCGAAAAUGUACCUACAGCGAUUGGUUAGUGCGCGGGCUAAUGCAAACCUGCACUUUCUAACGGUGAAACAGCUGGAAGAUUACGCCGAGCAUGCGGUAUCGAGCGUGCUCUAUCUGUUGCUGGAAGUGCACGAUACACGGAACGUGCACUGUGAUCAUGCCGCAUCUCAUCUCGGCAAGGCGCAAGGUAUCGUGAAUUUGUUGCGUUCGAUCCCAUACCAGACGCGCCGCAAUGCGGUACCGAUCCCGCAGGAGGUGCUUAUCGCGCAAGGUGUGAAUCAGGAGCGGAUGGUGCGCAACCGACCGGACGAUAAGGGUGUGGAGGAGGUGACGUUCAGUUUGGCCAGUGUUGCUUUUCGCCAUCUGGAAAAGGCGAAGGGUUUGCUGGAAUCGGUGCCGCGCACGGUCAAACCAAUAUUCCUACCGGCUGUCACUAUCGAGCGCUAUCUGCAGCGGUUGCGUCUUGCCAACUUUCACCUCACAGAUCCAAACGUUAUGCGCACGGAUUCGUUACUGCCAUUGGUGAUGUACUGGCGGAAAUUGCGCGGGAACUAUUAAGCACACAAUUGACUGACCAGCUGUAGAAGCGUAGUGAUGUAUAAUAAAUUAAAUUGGCAAAAAAGGUGGAAAAUGUGCCAUCAAUGUUUCUUUGAAAUUGCCUGUGACACACAUCAACAAGAAUUCCCAGGAGAUACUAUGAUUUCGUAUGAUUUCGAAGCCGUACUGUCUCAGGUCUACUAGGCAUUACGUAAAUGCUACAGUUGACAAAGUUGCGCGUGAAAUAUAGCCCCCUCACUGGAACCUUGUUGGCCGUGAUC